AUGAAAGUCUGUAAAUUAUCUCCCCUCUUCUUCUUCUUCCUACUUCUGAGUUCGACACUCGGAGAGGACACAGUGGCAGAAGACAUCAGUGUCCAUCAGCUGGAGCGGUUAGUGGAGAUGCUGACGUCUACGGAGUGCGAGGAGCUUCUGUUCGCCCUCUCUCACCCAGAGGAAAACAUCUUCAAGCACGUUGAGCGCCUCUCACCACAAAAAAAUCAACUCGAUCUUAAGCCUCGAGCCAAGAGAGACACCUCAUCUGCUGCAGAUAGUGAGGCGCAGUGCCGGACGGCCCUGACAGACUGGAUGCUGAGGUACGGCGAUCAGACCUACUACGACAGGCUUUCUCGCGCCUUGCAGCACAUCGGCAGAACAGACAUUGCCAUUGAAGUGGGGAAGAACAUCAACCAGGACAAAGCCUUGAGCUUGAAACGCUACGUUGAAGACUAUCACAAAUAUGUCAACUCUUUAAACUUCCCACCGGUACAAUUAGACACAAAGGGCCAACCGCAUGAAGAACAGAAGGCCAGAACACGAACACGAAGAGUAAGGGAUCUGACAUGGCGUGACCUGGAUCUGAUCGUGGAGCGGGCCCCCGUUGCUGUGUAUCAGAAGGGGCCUAUGGAUGCAGCUCUACCCCUCUUGUAUGGCAUUCUGCUGGGCUUCGGAGGCACCUUGCUCACAGGCGUCUCGAUACUUGCCGUCAUCGUACACAUCUCCUUAGAAAGCAGCAGAGCUGUCACCGCAGGGUCACCGGGAGCCCCAGCAGCAAGCUCACGGUUGGAAAUGUAAUAUUGAAAGAUGCAGCUUCUGUGAGGUCAGAGGCUGCAAAAUAAGCCGCUUAGGGGUUGAAAUGGUCACACGUAAAUAAAGGCAAAAUAGACUAUUUGUUUUACAGAUGUGUCUUUUAUGGAAGAUUUAAAAUGCCAAAAUCUUUCAAUCUCUUUGUCCACAACAAUCAGCAGAGCCAACAUAGAAACCCAAUAUCGAUUCCACCACACCACAACUAAUUAUGACAAAUAUGACAAGUAUAAUGCAGUUUCAGAUAAAGUAAUUAUCCAUGCUGUGUAUUGCUAGAGCGGUAGGCAUUAUUGUCUUGCCAGUGGGUAGAUGACUAGCGGUGUGACAGAUGCGCUGGAACCCAGCCCUCAUACCAAAGGUUGUUCCGGUGUUACUGUGAUAGUGAUGCCACUCUCUAUUUCCCCUCCAAGUGACGGCAAUGUGCCCGUCUGGCAUCGAAGAACAACUAAUUAUCCAGCCUGGCGCCUGCUUCCUUCGGAGCCUGCCGAUACCUCCACAGGCAAUCCAAAAGACUAAUAACAAUGACAAUGCUAGCAGACAAUGGAGCACUCUUGGUUGUGAUGGCAGCUUCUGGCGGGUGACAGAAGCCAAAUAGAAAACACAGAGCUGUAUUUUUUUUUGGAACGUGUGAAGUAGCGAGGAUUGUUAGCAAGCUGAAAUUACUUGAUAUACGAGAUGCUGCGGCAAAGUGGGUCCAGAAAUUGGCAUUGGAAAAGAUCAGAAUAAAAAAAAUUGUCUGUAUUAGAAGAUUCAAAAUAACUUUGGUUAACACGUGCAAGCUUAAAUUAAGAAAAUCAUUUGCAAUAACAAGGCUAUUUUCACAUACUCUGCCGAGUAGGUUUCAUAACAGCUAGACAGAAAAUGCGCUCGUGGCACUGGGGUACUUUCUCGCUUCUUGUUCCCAGUUUCUUACGCUAGCCCUACUUUCUUCUUCGUAAUUGAACUAAUUACUUCAUUAUACAAAUCGGGCCUAAUGUGAUUCAGGAGGCAGACAGCUUGGAUUAACAGUGGCACUAAGCAGCAAUUACAGACAAUUAGUUCAUAAAUCAACAUUUAAACAAAUCAUAGUGCCAAACACGACUGCAUGAGCAACGCUCUAAAAAGGCCAAAAGGGCAUUAUGGAUUUGAGUUUUGACUUAUUACCUAAAUAAUGGCCUACAUAUUCUGACACACACUACAUGCUCUUCUUCUGUAGUCAUAUUAUAGUGCUCUUUUUAAUUGAUACUGUAAUUCAUAAACCAAUGCAUACUUGAUUUAAAGGUUUGAAGAUUUGGCUUCGUAAAGCAAAAGCAGUAACAUACAGUGACGGCACUUUGUUAACAGUUUGUCGUUCUCGCCAUGUGUCUUUAGGACAACGUUGUGUUUCACCUUCAUUACGAAGCCUCCCAGGUGGCACACAGCACAACUCUUCACAACAAAACUUCCUCUGUCCUUCAGUUUUUUUCCCCCCUU